GCUACAAAACGCCGGGCUCAGUGAAGCAGUCACACUGCCUGGCAAAGGGAGAAAGAUGAUCUAAGACUUUGGCUCUCCUCCCGCGAUCUCUUCCUUCGCGAGCACUCAAUGCUCUCCUCGAAUCCACCAACUCGUUCAGCAACUUUAAUGCGCUAAAGCGUGCUCUUUCUGAGCUCCCUCUUUGCCGCAUUUGGCUAUAAGCUUUCGUUCCACUCGACCCCCAUUCCAAAUCGCGGGCUCUGUGCCACUGCCUGAUGCAUUAUCGGCGGAAGCGGCUAAAAAGGAGAUAUUUUCGUGCUGUAUGAAGCCUAUUCGAGCUUAAAGUUUGUUCAGCUGUUUUUCCAUUAAUGAGGAUAGGUUGGCGAUGGGAGCUUUCUUGUGCUUUAGUUGUGGUGGUUACUUCUGCUAUAUUUCGACUGGAAGGGUUCAGCGUAGCUCCUUUGCCUGCUUCAUUAGACUAUCCAUCACAGAAAGUGAGCAGUCCUGCACAAUCUCCGGAAAAUCAAAGUGCAUUUGCACCUAGAUCAGUUGCUUCCCUGAACGUGUCAUUGCCUACAUAUGAUGCCGUGCCACCUAGCAUUCGCCCUGUAAUUCCUUCCGUGCUACCUUCUUCUCCCUCUACUAAUGAUGCUAAUGGAGAUAAAUGGCCAAGAGAUAUAGCUCCAGCAACAAGAAGUCAACCGAGCACUCCUGUUUCAUCGGGAUCCAUUAUAUCGUCCCCAAGAAAAUCUCAGCCUAGUCCAUCCAACAAAACACCAAUCAUGCCAAGGAUGGAUCCAAAAGCUGCAUUUGCUCCACAUGCUGUCUAUUUCUAUGGACCUUCAAUGCCACCUGCGGCAGUGGCUUCCCCUGUCGCUAACAGGAAGAGAUCUGAAAAGCCAAUUGCUUCACCCCCAGUUGGAGCUUAUAAGCAUUUGCCUCUGAUAGAUACUUCACCCUCACAAGGAUCUUCCCCUAUGUUAAGCCCUGUGCCAGAUAAAGCUAAGCCCUCAAAUUCAUUACAUGGUUCAUCAGUAUCACAUGCUCAACCUCCAGAAAUACCUGCAUCUCCAGUCCAACAGCGAAGAGCUAGAAAAAGAGGAAAACAUUCAUCUGCAUCAGCUUCUCCAUUUUCACCACCACCACACAUUUCAGUUUCUAUUGUUACUCCACCUCCUGAGAUCUUCCCCAAGUACAACAGAAUGCAUCAUGCUUCUCCACCCUCUCAUAAAGGCUCCUCUGUUUCCGUGACUCACACUCCGGCUCCUUCCUCGUUAACUACCCCUUAUGCAUCAAAUGAUUGGUCAAAUCUUUCCCCCAUGCUCACUCCUCCUGCCUCAUAUCCUGAAUCCUCAAGCUCAGUGGAGGCACCACCUAUGUUGUUCCUACCACCACCACCUCCAAACUUGGAUUGUACAUCAUUAGUGUGUGAGGAUCCUUUAGAAAAUCCCCCUCCAGGAUCGUCAUGUGUCUGUGUAUUGCCAAUUCGAGUUGGACUUCGUCUAAAUGUCACACUAUAUACAUUCUUCCCCUUGGUUCCUGAGUUUGCCGAAGAAGUGGCUUUCGGGAUCUAUAUGAACCAGAGUCAAGUGCGCAUUAUGGGAGCAAAUGUUGCCACCGAACAGUCUGAGAGCACAGUUGUCCUUAUUGAUUUAAUUCCUGUUAAGGAGAUGUUCGACAAUUCAACAGCAUUGUUCACAUUUGAGAAAUUUUGGCACAAGGAUAUAGCCAUAAACACAUCCUUAUUUGGUGAUUACACUGUUCUCUAUGUUCUUUAUCCAGGACUUCCUCAAUCUCCACCUAGAGUUCCUGCUGAUAGCAAGGACGGUGAUAAGGCAUUUGCGAAUAACAAUAAUUUAAGGACAAUGAAGCCUCUUGGUGUUGAUGUGGGGAAACCAAAGAAGAGAGCUAGUGGAACACUAAUUGCUGUUAUUGUUCUAUCGUGUUUUGUAACCUUACUUUUGGGCAUGGGGGUGGGGGCUGUGUGGCUGCUUCAGUUAAAACAAAGUGAUCGCAAUCAUCUUGCUGCUACAAGUAUACAGAAAAUGUUUCCAUUAUUUGUCGCUCCGUCAGGGACCAGACACAUGAGACUUGGAAGGCUUAGUUCAGAAUCGGCAUCAAUAAACUCUAAUGUUGCAACAUAUACUGGACAAGCAAAGACAUUUACUUUAGCUGAGAUUGAAAGAGCUACAAAGAGAUUCGAGGAAAGUAGUAUUAUUGGAGAAGGUGGUUUUGGGCUAGUCUACCAAGGUACACUUGAAGAUGGAACCAGGAUUGCUGUGAAGGUUCUUAAGAGAGAUGACCAACAAAGUGGUCGUGAGUUCUUUGCGGAGAUUGAGAUGCUUAGCCGUUUGCACCACAGGAACUUAGUCAAGUUGAUUGGUAUAUGUGUAGAGGAGCACAUACGAUGCCUUGUCUAUGAACUAAUACCGAAUGGAAGUCUGGAGUCACACUUGCAUGGGUUCGACAAGGAAACCUCUCCGCUGGAUUGGGGUGCUCGUUUGAGGAUCGCACUUGGUGCUGCUCGAGGCCUUGCUUAUUUGCACGAAGAUUCAAGCCCACGGGUCAUACAUCGAGAUUUCAAGUCCAGCAACAUCCUAUUAGAGCAUGAUUACACCCCCAAAGUGUCUGAUUUUGGCCUGGCUCGAGCAGCAUUUGAUGAGGGAAGUUUACACAUUUCAACUAGAGUAAUGGGAACUUUUGGUUAUGUGGCUCCCGAAUAUGCAAUGACCGGGCAUCUCCUUGUCAAGAGUGAUGUCUAUAGCUAUGGCGUUGUGCUGCUUGAACUUCUUACUGGAAGGAAGCCCGUUGACAUGUUACAACCCCCUGGCCAAGAAAACUUAGUUGUAUGGGCUCGCCCUCUUCUAACAAACAUGGAUAACUUGGUGACAAUAAUUGAUCCAGCUCUUGGCACAGACAUACCACUUGACAGUGUGGCAAAAGUUGCAGCCAUUGCUUCAAUGUGCAUUCAGCCUGAAGUCUCUCACCGUCCAUUUAUGGGGGAGAUCGUUCAAGCCUUAAACUUAGUUUGCCAAGAAUGCGACGGGAACAAUGGAACAAGAACUUACGGGCAUGAGAAUCUGUCUACCCAAAAUGCAGUGGCAGGGAUUAGCAACGGAUUAAGCAUCGAAGCUGAGAGAGUGCUCUUGGAGUCCUGUCUUCUCAGUUCACCUAUAAGUUUCAAUAGUGAAGAUUCUGAUUUGUUUCGAAGGCAGUCAAGCUCUGGUCCAUUAAUAGCAAGCAAGAACAGGCAGUUCUGGCAAAAGCUAAGAAGUACAUCAUCAACUGGGAGCAUGAGUGAGCAUGGAGAAGCACUUAGAUUUUGGUCAAGAACAUAUCUCGAUGAGCCAUGGAAUUAUGAGGGCGCAAAUUGUAGAGUCCAAAUCGAUUGAGUAGUAAAAUAAGAAUAGGAAUAAAAAUUGGAAGGUCAAUUUGCAAUUGUAUUGUCUUGUGAUGUUCUUGUAUUUGUGAUUGUUUUGUGUAGUAUUUUGUGUUUAUUUGGGACUUCAAUACUCUUUGGCUCUGAGAUGUGUUUGUAGACUUUGUUUCUUCAUUUGAUCUAAAAGUAAAUCAAUUUUUGUUUGGGUCAA